AUGAAAUGGGCCAUGGAAUGCGCGAAUGCCAACUCCAACGAGACCAUCAGAAUCAAAAGAGGUCCGCAAACCGUCAACGACGCCCUCCACAAUAUACGUGCCUUUAGCGAUGAAUAUCGUCGACUAGAGGAGUCGCAAGCUCCUGAAGAUUAUACUAACCCACCUCCGUUCCCCCCAUUGCCGAGAUGUUAUGGCUGGACCAAAGUUUCGUUUAGUGCCAUCCCUCUUAGGCGCAUGCGGGCAUUCCUUGAGUUUCACCCGGACGACAAGGGAGACUUGUAUGCUAUCAUAUAUGAGUUUGUCCCGCCCAAGGAGCAAGAUAGAAGCGUUGCCCAGGUUCACCUCGACUUCUUUUAUGCUGUUGGCUUCCAAGUGCACCCCUACAAACUCGACAACUGGCAUGGUGGAAGACUAAUUGAUCAGAGCGAUAUCUGGUCAGUCUAUCAGAGGGCAGCAUGGAAUGGAAAAUACAAUCAGCACAAGGAUGCAAAAGUAUGGAUGUGGACUUUGAGCUGUGAGCCUAGGAAUAUUCCUGAGAACCGGGAGAAACACAAACUACCAACACGACCCAGCCUACCAACAGGACGAUUCAUCGAGGAAGUUUUAUCAAAUGGUGAUUCCUCGAUGUCACAAUCGGAGUCUUAUGAGUCUUCAGAGGAGGAGUCUUCGCAGUCCGAUGACCCUAGUCCUAAGAAAAGGAAGAUGCUCAAGGGGCCAGUGGUACCGAAGCCGUCAGGCUUUCGAAAAACUAGGUAUUCCAAUACUCAUCCCUCGGCAUCCUCACCUAAAUCCGGCAUCAAGCCCCCUACCAUUAUUCCUGUACCUAAAAAGAAAGAGACGCGAAGCUCGUCAGUAAUACCAAAGCGGUUCCGGGUCCGAACGCAAUCUGAUGACUUAUCGUCGUCGCCGUCUCUGUCUUCGUCGACCAAGACCGAAGGCUCCGAUUCAUCUUCUGAGGACGAAAACCCUCACAUACGAAGAACCCGAGACCACCGCAAAGCGCACAAGAAGCCAGUGAUACCAAAGCCGCCUAUACCAUCUCGUACCGAUAACGCUGCAGAGACGUUAUCGCGAUUCAACAAAUCCGAAUCAUCUACCGAAUAA